AUGCAAGAUAAUUCAUCAGUUAUUGUUAGUGGUCAUGCUCAAGCAAGUGCUAGAAUCAAGAAUCAACAAGUUCAAUUAAGUACUUAUGGGGCUCAAACUACAGCCGGUACAAUAAAUUCUACAACUGCAACAACUUCACCAUCAUCAGUAGCGAAUACUACUCCAAUUCGUGAUGCAAUCGAUCGAUUAGAAAAAAACUAUUUUAAAAUAUAUUCAACAUUUUUUGCAGCAACGAAACGUGUAGAACAUGAUUUACCUCCAAAAUUUAUUUCAAAUGCUAAUUUUACAUUUAAAAUUGAUGAAUCAAUAAUAAGUAAACAAGAAGCUCAAAUUUUACAUGAUCAAAUCCGUCAUUUAACUAAACAAUACCGUAUUCAAGCAAUGUCUUUAUAUUUACGAUCAAUUACUUGUGAAAGUGAACUAUUAAAAAAUGAAAUUGAACAUAUAAUGAAAGCCUUUUCACAAGAAAAUGAUGAAAGAUUUAAUAUUGAACCUGAUACGGGUUAUAUAGCAUUUAAGCAUUAUAAUGAUUUAUGUGAAAAACGUUUAAAUUUAGAAACUGAACUACCGAUUUAUUUUUUAGAAGAACAGUGA